CUACACGGCUGCUUCUGCUUCUGCUUCUACUCUGCACUACGACACUACACCACACACUUACUCCAUUAUCCAAUCUUCUCUCUACUAAAACUACUCCGUAACACUCCCACAUUCCGCAAUACCCUUUAUACCCUCCCAAAAAAAGCACUCAAUCAAUCCUCGCCUCCACUUUGCAUACAUUCAGACAACUAUACCUCCGCAUACAUACCCGCCCUCUCCAACGUCCACUCUUCACCUCUCGUCCCGCGCAAACCCUCCGCCCGUUGGCCCGCAUAUUCCUCCACCUCUUCCACCACCCACAACCGACUGCUUGUUCACUCUUUUGCCUUACCAAGCCCUCGCUACCUAUCUAUCGCUUCUAGAUCUAAUUUCUGCCAUAUUUUCUCGUUUGCGAAUCGCCAAUGGAUAGCAAGGAGAACUUAUGGACACGCCGCUCAAACACCAGCAAGCUCUCCUUGUCCAUGUCCCACGGCGAUAGACCAGAUACCUCGACUCGCACCUUCUCUGCUUCGCGCCGCGCUGGCGGAGACUCGUCGCAUGGCGGCAAAAACCCUUUCAACGCCAUCACCCCUCUAGCUGGGACCGCACUCGCUUCCCCAACGACGGCAGGCUCGUCAGCUUUUGGUCUUGGAUCCGGGGCAUUCGCCUCGUUCGGGUCUGCCAGCAAGACCCCAAAGACUCCGGGAACCGCUUUCGACUUCAAGACGGCAGCUACUUCCGGGAAUCCCCCAACUACGCCUGGCGAGAAGAAGGAGAAGCCAGGCGGCAGGAUAGUAUCACAAAGUGCUCGCAAAGAGUCACUUUCGACGACCGCCUCGGAAGAGGCUGCUCCUGUGUCGUCCGGACCGCUUGACCCUACCACACCCUGGCCGUUGAAAUACACCUGGGUGAUCUGGUACCGCCCUCCCACGCCCAAGAAUUCCGACUACGAGAAAUCCACGAAACCACUGUGCCGAAUGAGCACGGCGCAACAGUUCUGGAAGGUUUUCGUUCACCUCAAUCGCCCAUCCUUGCUUCCGACGGUGUCGGACUAUCAUUUCUUCAAGGAAGGCAUCCGGCCGGUCUGGGAGGAUGAAGAGAAUAGAAGAGGUGGCAAGUGGAUCAUGCGCCUGAAAAAGGGCGUAGCCGAUCGCUACUGGGAGGAACUCUUGAUGGCCCUCAUCGGAGAUCAAUUCGCCGAGGCCGCUGAAGAAGUUUGUGGUUUUGUGCUUAGUGUGCGUAGUGGAGAAGAUGUUUUCAGUAUCUGGACGAAGAACGAUGGAGGGCGAAACAUCAAGAUCCGCGAAACCGUCAAGCGUGUCCUCAACCUUCCCGACGGCACCGUCAUUACUUGGCGUAGCCACGACGAGAGCAUUGCUCAAAGGUCAGCCAUCGACCAAGCGCGCCAGGAUAAAUCCAACCAGCACGGCCAGGACAAACGGCGAAACGCGACCAACGACGAUGCGCCACGCGAGAAAUAGGGGCACUCGCUACUUGCGCGUCUCGUACCACCACUUUCUCUCUAACAUUUGUUCAGCAUGCACGGGUUGUAGGGUUUCACAAUUACCGGGAUCGGUUAGCGUUUUGUCGUUCUUCAGCAUUGGGUUUAUGGAUGGGCUCUACGGACAGCUCGGGCUCUACGGCAAAGAGCGUCUUAUUCUUUCAAUUCCAAUCACCAUGUAUUCUAAACAUCUACGAUCGGGUUGGAAUGUCCGCAAUUGACGCUACGACAAUUGGUUAGGCAUGGGAAGGCGGCCUCCAAGUAGAUUAUGCUCUAAACGUGAAAAUGAGAGAGUCGGGGCAUCACCUCGCGUUGUACCAUUACUGAUGAA